UUCAACAACGUACAUCAAACUGUGGUUGAAGAAUAUAAUUUCAGUGAAAGCAUAUGUUCUAUAUACAGUGACAAGAGUAUCUCCAGGUUUUGAUGCCCUGGCUUGUACAUAAACAACAGCAGAGAAAGAAAUUAUGGCGAGUAAACGUACGAUUAAUCGCACGGUAGAACUUAUGCUGACUAUGUUCGGUGUCUGGCCAGGUAUAUCAUGCGUACUACUCUACAGAGUGUUUUGGAUGAUUACGUUAGCCAUUAAUCAAUUCUUGCACUACCGGUACUUUGUAACACAUUUUCAUUUCGACAAUCUUUUCGACUUGAUGGACUGUUUGAGUAGCUUCUUGGCGCAUGUAAAACUGACCGUUAAACUCAUGAUCUUCUCGUUAAAACAGCGAAAAUUUAUCGAAAUCUUAACGAUGACAGCGGAAGAUUGGAAAGAUUGUGAUAACACUGACGUUGAGUUGCGCGAAACGGCAAGGAAAGCGAAACUAUCGAGUCGUAUUUGUAAUGGAUUAAUUAUUCUUCAUACAAUCGCCGCGUUUGCAUACGUCGUUGGCAUUCUCUUAGCCGAUGCCGACGUCACAGAUCCAACAGCUGAACUGCCACUCAUGAUGAAAAUGGAAUAUCCCUUCGGUAUAGACACGCAACGCAAGUACAGACUGGUAUUAGCUACGCAAUUCGUUUUCGUGAUGGUGUGCAGUUGGGGAGCUGGUUUAUUCAACGCCUUGUUUCUAACUCUGACUCUCCACGUGGGCAGUCAAAUAAACAUCCUGCUUUGCUGGUUGACGGAAGUCGGAUAUAAGGACAUUAAUAAUAGAACGAAUGAAUCAUUCUUCACUGGCAUGGCAAAAAUUAUCCGGAAACAUCAAAGUAUUAUCAAUCUCUCAGAAAAAAUUGAAAAUCUUUAUUCGUACAUAGCCUUGCUGCAAUUCACAUCAAAUACGGUCAUGAUUUGCUCAUUGGGAUUUCUGAUAGUAACUGCAAUCGGAAGUCCCGAUGCCAGUGAAAAAAUAGUGAGGUCGCUUUUAUUUUACGCUGUAACAAAUCUCGAAGCAUUUAUAUUUUGCUUCGCUGGAGAAUAUCUAAGCAAUAAGAGCAAAGCGAUAGGAAACGCAGCGUACAAUUCUGCUUGGUACGAUAUGAAAGCUAAGGACAGUCGGGUUCUAUUGUUUAUAAUUUUAAGAUCGCAAAGGCAAUUGCAACUUACAGCGGGCAAGAUGGCUGUUCUUUCUUUAGAAUACUUCACAACUAUCAUGAAGGCUUCGGGAUCGUAUUUGUCAGUACUGCUGGCAAUGAAAUGAACGCCUUAAUAUCCA